AUGACUGUUUGUAAUUGGAAUGCUUUGCAUGAUUGUGAGUUUUGCUCCCUUUCUUUGGAACACUUGACGAGAGUGAAUAGUGAAACUGGUUUUGUGGAGAAUUACACAAUGGAAUAUGAUAGUAAGGUGGUAGUUCAGCACGAACAGCCAUUUCAAUGUUUAGUAUUUAAUAAUAGGUCGAUGAAUCCUGUUGAAGCAAAGGAUGUUGGAUAUUCUGGAACUUUAACAUUCUACUUUAAGCUCCCUCUCGUGCCCCAGAGUUUGGAUGGAAGAUUCGGUCUGCAAAUUUCAUUUCAUGAGAUUGGAACUGUGCCAAAUGUUUUUUCAGAGACAAACUUUGCCAUUCCAAAUGUAGACAAUUUCUUUUCUGUUACAAAAGUGUUAACCACAAGAUUGAAACCAACGAAAGAAGAUGGCUUACAUUCGGUUCGUUGGGAAUCAGUAUUGUCCUUUAUAGAACUCACCGAUACACAUGAUGAUAUCAUUGUUAUUUCGGUAGCUUAUGCUUCUAUGAAUUUGAGACAAAUUUCAGAAAUUUACACAACUUCGUUGAAGGUUGUUAGGGCAAAUUGCUGGCAUGGUUGGAAUUUUGUUCAAGUAGGUCCUGUGUGUGAUGAUGGAGUGCAGGAUUCCGAAAUCAGAAUGGAACAAGUGAGGCAAAUUCAGCAAAUACAGCAAACACUUCAAGAACGGAGGAAAAAGAAGAAGAAAACAUGGAUGUACACUAAGGUGAGCAGAGCAAUAACAUGCAUUGGGUGGUUCAUAGCAACAGCAAUGUGUAUAUGGUAUAUUGUUGACUCUUCCGAACAAUUUGUGCAGAGUAUUAGUAAUCCAACAACAGCCACAACAUUUAUCGAGUCAGUUCCUUUACCGUUUCCAGCUAUUACUGUUUGUAACUGGAAUGCAAUGUUGGAUUGUGAUUAUUGUAAUUUAACGUUAAAGUUUGCAACGAAAGUGAAUUCUACAUUGGGAAUUGUGGAAAAUUUGGAUCCUCAUUAUGAUAGAGUUGUGCUUUUUCAGAAUGGUCAAUUGUUCAAUUGUUAUGUAUUCAAUAAUGUGAGCCAAUCACUUUUGAAUGCUACUGAUAUUGGAUAUGCAGGAACUAUUUCAUUCUAUUUUCAUGUCCCUUUUGUUCCUGAAAAUAGAGAUUCAAGAUUUGGUUUGCAAGUUUCUUUUCACGAAACUGGAACAGUACCUAAUGUAUUUGCAGAGACCAAUUAUGCAAUUUCUGGAGUGGACAAUUAUUUCAUCUUGACAAAGGUUAUCACAAAUAGACUAAAACCAAAUACCGAAGGAGGAAUUAAUUCAGUGAGAUGGCAUCCUCAGUUAUCCAUCGUGGAAUUAACUCAAUUCGAUGGAGAUGAAGUGGUAAUUUCAGUUGCUUAUUCAACAUUGAAUGUUAAUGUAAUUACUGAAAUGGUUACUUCAACGAUGGAAGGUCUUUUAGGCCAAAUUGCAGGAAUUAUUGGAAUAUUGUAA